CUCAAAUCUUGAUUCCACUCUUGCCUCCAUACCUCCAAGCCGCGCUCCUACUACAGUACUGUUCGUUCCAUUUGCCUUUCUUCAUUCAUCCCAUUCCAUCCUGCUCUUCAUAUCUGCAGAGGACCUCGAGACAUCACCACUACAGUGGUGCUUCCCCUCGUACCUUCUCUAUCCCUUCGUUUAUACUCCUCUUCACCACAUCACCACGUUCACUAAAUACUCCUGAUCGACGCAUCCACAAACACGCUCCCUUGCGUGGGACAGUCCUGCUCUGAUCCCCCUCUUGAGAGCACAUGCCUAAAUAACAAAAGUAAUUUCCCAUCCGUCGGACCUCAUUUGUGUCAACACCUUCUGGACUCGACCAAAACACACAACCCGCUUUACACACUCGCUCGGGAGAGUCGCCAUUCACCAUGCCUCUCCGCAAGAAUGACAGACGCUCUUCACCUCACGAGGAACCCAUGACAGAGAUCAGAAUGUCCGCGGCUUCCACCACCACCAGUCUCAAUAACACCCCAAGAGACUCAGAGUUCCAAGUUUCCAAUACUCCUCAUCCUGUUUAUGGCUACUAUUCAGAGCAAAUACCUCUACAGCCACCUUCCAGCUUUCGCAGACCUGCCCCCUACGACAACCAUAAUAGAACCCUUUCAGAUCUCAUCACCGCAGAAAGCCUAUCGUCAAGUCCCAUCGAUGGUGCAAAUGGUUCUCCAAUACCCCCAUUUGCUCCUCGAGCCAACUCGAGCUACUCUGAACCUGGUACUCGAAACUCAUCGCCAUACCCUUCACCAUAUCCCGCUUCCACCCCCUUUCGGAGUCAAGAAACACUCAGACCCCUUGUCCCCGAUGCCUCUGCAACAUAUCUACACCGAGACUGGGUCAAAGAAGGCUCCAUUGCCCAAUUACAUCACAGAGACGACAAGGAAUUAUUAGCCGGCAAGCGGAGGAAGCUCUACACUUGGUUUGCUCCCACCCUAGGUCUGGCCACUCUCGCAUUAUAUUGGCUCUACUUUGGUCUUCGUAUCAAGUUCGUUGUCGCCGCUCAGCAGUCAUUCGGCUCUCCUUUCCCUCUAGCCUGGAUCUUUAUUGCCGUUGAAAUCAGCGUCGCCAUUCCCAUCUUCUUGCAAACUUUCUGGUCUCUCUUCAUCCUCAAGAAGCGAAACCGCCCAAAGUUGCGCCUCAUGGGCAACAACGUUCCAACUGUCGACGUCCUCAUCACGUGCUGCGGCGAGGACUUUGAUGUCAUCAUGGACACUGUACGUGCGGCUUGUGACUUGGAUUACCCUCAAGACCGCUAUCGUGUCCUCUUGUUGGAUGAUGGAAAAUCCGACGCCCUCAAGAACGCCGUGGAGGAGAUGCGCGAGACCUUCCCUAACCUAUACUACAAACGCCGUCCAAAGUUCCCCGGUGUGCCCCAUCACUUCAAGGCCGGCAACUUAAACUAUGGCCUGGAUGAGGUUCACACUUUGCCCGGUGGCGCUGGCGAGUUCAUGGCCGCCUUGGACGCAGACAUGAUUCCGGAGCAGCAUUGGCUCCGUGCCAUCCUUCCUCAUCUGUUGGUCGAUCCAAAGAUGGCCCUCGCCUGCCCCCCUCAAUUGUUCUACAAUGUUCCCCGGGAUGACCCUCUCUGCCAAAGUCUGGACUUCUUUGUCAGCGUUUCCGAAACUGUCAAGGAUGCUCUAGGUGUCGCUUGGUGCACAGGAUCUGGCUACGCAAUUAGAAGGUCAGCUCUGGACGAGAUAGGUCUUUUCCCCAAGGGUUCUCUGGCCGAAGACGUCGCAACCUCGACCCUCCUUCUCGGCAAAGGUUGGAAGACCGCGUAUGUUCACGAGAAGCUGCAGUUCGGAACUGUUCCAGAGGAUUAUGGAAGCCAUUUGAAACAACGGACAAGAUGGGCUAUCGGAACGGUUGACACUGCCUUCAAGCUUCGAUUUUGUCUCUGGGGUGAUGCCGUGAAAAGGAUGAAGUUCGCUGCGAGAGUAUCGAGCUUUCUCUACGCAUUCUUGAGUCUUUUCAACAUCUUUCUGACCCUCUCAAUCUUCGCCCUCCCAAUCGUUCUAAUCUCCGGCAAGCCGCUUGUGGCUUAUGCAACUGAAAAUCAACUUCGGUGGCUCAUCAGGGCAUGCUUCGCGACAGUCUUCUGCAACCGACUCUGCGAAUUCGUCCUAUACAUUCCCUCAGGCUACGCCACUGGACAAAGAGGAAGUCGUUCUCAACUCUGGAUGAGCCCGUAUAUCGCUCUGACCCUGAUCCGUUCCUUCGUUCUCCCCACGUGGCUUGGAGGACAAGCACAAGCAUUUAAGCCCACAGGAUCACUGAAAUCGGCUUUGAACGAGAGAUUCCCCAAGCAACGCGCACCCAUGUACCGAAGAAUCUGGACCAUCUGCGUCAACUACCUGGCUGGUUUCCACGUCGCAUAUGUGUACUGGGUCCUGGUUGCCGUCUGUCUCUCGUCAUACCGCUGUUUCGUCACCAAAUACACCACUAGGGACAUCUUGAUCUGCUUGGUUACUCAUGCUUUCUGGCCACCGCUCCCUUGGGUCAUUGUGUGUUCGUCAUUUUGGAUUCCCUUUACCUACGCUGUGGAUCCUCCCAGCAUGCCCGACCGAGAAGAGCUCCUCACACGAGAUCCCAAAACGGGAGUUGCUCAUCCUACCAAAGAAGCAAAGAAGAUUGGCCUCGGAAAACAAUCUUGGCUCUUUGAAUUCGAAUACAGCUUCACAACUAUUUUCACGGCCACGGUGUUCGUGGCGACGUUCUUUUUCUAAAAACAAUUUACAACUUAAUGAUGAUGAAGAUGGACAGCAACACUCGUCAUAUCAGUUUUACACCCACAAUGGGUACCGGUGCAGGAGGCGAUCUGUCAAUUAUUUGGGCCGAGAUCAUGGAUCUCUCAAGCAAGACAUCUGUACAAACGACGGCAUAGACACGGACGCGUUAUUUUGAUACAUUGACACGCCAUUCUGAUAUGGAUAUGGGGAUGGGGAUGGCGUGGGACAGUCACCAAACUCUGACGGACCGACUGAGAAAGACUGUGAUGGUGACGAGACUGUCCCUACGGGACAAUAAUGAGUAUUAUAGAGGUUGCUGAUACAGGGACUGUUACUGUGAAUUGGAGCUUAUGUCGAGGUUGGGAUUCUGGGGAGGCGUGGCGGGAAUCUGGCAGGAAUGGUUUCUCGCAAGAUAUCGACAUAUUGUGCAUUGCACCAAUUGGGUAGUACAAGUACAAUACAGUAAAGUCAGUGUCACUUA